GGGGAAGCUUCCCUAUAGGGCAGUUCAGAGAAGGGUCUAGGAUUGAACAAGGCCCCUGAGGCCUGGGCAUCUCACCCACUGCCAAAAUAUUGGGUUGCUGUGAGUUUUUUGGACUGUAUGGCCAUGUUACAGCAGCAUUCUCUCCUGAUGUUUCGCCUGCAUCUGCGGCAGGCAUCCUCAGAGGUUGUGAGGUAUAUUGGAAACUAGGGAAUGAGGGGGAUUCCGGACAUGAAUCAGUCAGGGCCAGCUAACGCAUCCCAACAAGGAUUCCCCUAGGCAGUAAACAGCCAGACCUUGAAAUUGAAAGGCUAAUCAAUGCUAAUCAAGGUGAUAUUAAUGGCAAUGUUGACACUGGCCUCCAACAGACAAGAAUUCUUUCUCCCACCUUGGACCUUCCACAGAUAUAUAAAUCAGAUAUGUGCUGCUUGCUUCGGCAGCACAUAUCUGAUUUAUAAUGUACUGUACAGUUUUUAUAUGUGUGUUUUAUUGUAAGCCGCCCUGAGUCCCCUGUUGGGUGAGAAGGGCGGGAUAUAAAUGUUGUCAUAAAUAAAUAAAUAAAUAAAUAAACCUCACUUGCCUAGUUUCCAACAGACCUCACAACCUCUCAGGAUGCCUGCCAUAGAUGUGCGUGAAAUGUCAGGAGAGAAUAAUUAUGGAACAUGGCCAUAAAAGGUAAAGGUUUUCCCCUGACGUUAAGUCCAGUCAUGUCUGACUCUGGGGGUUGGUGCUCAUCUCCAUUUCUAAGCUGAAGAGCCGGCGUUGUCCGUAGACACCUCCAAGGUCAUGUGGCCAUUGGCAUGACUGCAUGGAUCGCCGUUAACAUGGCCAUACAGCCUGGUAAAAUGACAGCAACCCGGAACCUGUCUUGUUCGUGACUUGGGGGCUGCCUGUAAUUGCCUUGGAGGGUGCAGCUUGAGCAGAAUGGGGGAAGCAGCCAGCUGGGAAUGUUCAGGCCACGUUUUCUCUCCUUGGGGAGCUUUGGGCCCCCAGAUGAGGCCACCCCUUUGUGCCUGGCUCAGAGGGGCUCCCGCAGAGUCCAGGAGGCAGCUACUCUUGCUAUUUAAUUGCCACCACAGUCGGGAUCUGUGACAAGGGAGGGCUCCCCCAACCUCUUUUGAAGCUAGUAUUGAUUGCUCAGAAAGCAAGGUGGUAGGCUGGUGCCGUGCUCUCCUGCUGAACCUCAAAGCCGACGUGUUUUCCUAGCUAAAAUCCUGGGGUUCUGAGGGAGGGUGGAUGUGCGUUGGCAGAGUUCAAGCCCAGGAGGCCACAGCAGUCAUCUUCUGUCCUUCAAGGGCUCUUUGGGAAGUACAGGAGACUCAGGAGAGCUCCAUGAAAACACUGGAAUGUUCUGCAGGGGCCUAGAACCUUCCUAGUGUUGUGGUAAUCUCUGAGCGGUUAGACUCCAUUUAACCCUCUCUGGGGGAGAUUCCACCAAAAAACAGCAGAGUAGCAAAAGCAAAGGCUUUCAAAUGCAACAGUUAUUUACAAGGGGCGAGCAAAGAGAAGCCUUUGACCAUUUAGGAUUGCAAUGGAGUGCAGUCUCAGUAAAAGUUCAAAAAGUAUUUAUUCAGGUAAAAAGAACUCCAUUGCAGAUAGAAAGGCUUGGGAGCUGUCUAGUCUACUCUAGACUGGUUUCUAAGGAAAAAUAAGAAAGGAAAAAUAAUAACAUCUAAAUAGUUACAUCUUGCCAGGAGAGAUGGCAGGACAUGUUGUUAGCUUGAAGAACAAAGGGAGAAGAGAGAACCAAAAUGGUUCCAACCUCAUGGUCCAGUUUAUUGAGGCCAUAAAAGACAUUCUGACCAAUGAGAAGUUAGGGUCCCUGGAGAUUCACAUUUCUACUAACUUCAAAGUAAGGGAUGUGAUGUACACAGGAUAGAGUGAAACACAGUGAAGCCUAUCUAGGCAUGCUUUGGAAACGGAAAGGAUUCCCUCAGUCUAACUCUAUCAUCUAUCUAACUACAUCUAGACUUGAGUCCUCCAGGGUGAUUCCCAACAUCUAGGAGCAUUGAAAAGCAUCUGGGGAGGGGCCAGUGAAGAGCCAGGCCUUGGGAAACACAGCGCUCCUCUGUGGCCACGAUCCAUUUGGUUCUGCUUCAGAGGAAGGCAAGGCAGCUGCAGUCCCAGUAAUGGGCCGCUGUGAUGGAGAAAGGACCCCACUUUGCCCCAUUGCUCCACAGCAGCACUCUGAAGGGGAUUCGGGUGGGAUGAGCACCCCUUUGAUCUCCUGGAGGUGAUGGGAGGGGGGCUUCACAAUCUGCCCCCCUCCCCAAGCUUUCUCUUUCUCUUCCAUUCUUCUCUUGCAUCUAAUCAGGAGGUGGGGGGCGAUUUGGGGGGCUCCGUGGGAAGCAGAUGGGUGACCCUGUUGCAGCCAAGUGGGGAACGCUACACUGGAGCUGGAUGGCCCCUCCUGGUCAAAUGGAGGCCGACCUUUGAUCCCAAGGCCCUGAAGCCCCCUUCCCAAUUGGGCCAAAGAUGGAGUAGGAAUCCUCUUCAUGCCCAAAUUCACCAGGAUGAUGUCAAGUCUGUGCAGGUUCCCUGUCUCCCCUAUUCGGGGGCAUAUUGAUACUUCCCGCCUGGCUUGAUAUUUGCUCAGGUUGCCCUUUGUGGGCUGAGCCAGGAGGGCAAUCCCACAAACCUGGAGCAUUGAAACAACAACAGCAACAUCAACAACAACAAUAGAUGCCUCCAGGCAGGGCCGUAGCCAGAGGGGGGAGCUUAAGAGGUCAACUGCCCCCUAAAAACCUGGUUUACUAAUGAAUCAGGUUUUUUUCAACCGGAAACAUUUUGGGAGGGGGGUUGAAAUUUUAACCCCCCCCCCCCCACAGCCCUGCCUCCAGGCAACAACACUGAUUGACUUUGCAGCUGCCAAACUAUUCAAUGCUAAUCAAGCUUGCCAACUGUAACAUUCACACUUGCUCCGAACAGACAUGAGUUCUUUCCCCACACCCUGGAUAUUCAGUAAUAAUGCUUAAUUAACAGUUUAUCUCUAAACUGUUCAUUUUUGGAAUUUCCCUACCCUAUUAUAGCUCUUCUCCUAUGUCUUUGUAUGUCAUGGGAUACAGAGAUAUGUACACCCCACUUGCCUCAUUUCCAACAGACCUCUAAACAAACCUCUGAGGAUGGCAGCCACAGAGGCAGGUGAAACAUCAAGAGAGAAUGCCACAGGAACACAUUUACCGUACAGCUCGACAAACUCACAGCAACAUAAUAAUAAUAAUAAUAAUAUCCCCUCCCUGUCAAGGAUGUGUUAGGCAGACCCCUCCCCAUUUUCUAGCAAAUAAACCCCCACUUGCUCUGGCAAUGGGUGGGUUGGGCUGAUGACCCUUGCCCCCAAAAGGGGUCCCCACACACUUUGCCCCCCCCCCCAUUUCCGGUGCAGCGUUGCCUUCCUUUUCUGACCUUUUGGGUUUCUUUGUUUACAGCUUCCCUCUGGACUUCUCUCUUUCUCUCCUCCUUCCUCUCUCUCUCUCUCUCUCUCUCUCUUUUGAAAGCAAUCCAUGGAUAAAAACCGAAUGAUUUUCGCUGGGUUUUAUUCACGUAGGUGUGUGGGGCUGAGGCCCGGCCAAGGUCAAGGUCAAGGCCAAGGAAGGUGGCGGGGCUCCUCGGAGGAGGACCGACCGGGAGUGACCGGCGGGGCGCGCAGGACAGAGACCCACCCGUUGGCCCACCCGCCCGCUGCCCCAAUAGCUCUCUCCUCCCUCUUUGUGUGUCUCUGCUCUUGAGACCCCCGCCCGUUCCGUAGCAAUAAAGGGCCCCCUCCGAAUGAUCGGGCUCCAGUCCAUCUACAUCAUCGACUCGGGGGAGACGGCGCUGGUGGAGGGGCUGCGCGUGGCCCCCUGGGAGCGUGGCAGGGGCGUGGCCGGCGUGCUGCAGCGCUUCUGCGCCCAGAUGGUCAAGGAGCAGCACCCGGGGGUCAAGGUCUCGCGACUCACCCGCGACGACCAGCUCGGACCCAAGGACCUCAAGAAGUACCGUGUCAUCGCCAAGCAGGGCAUCCUUCUGGUCCGCUUCGAGGCGCAGGAGCUGCUGGGCCGGCUGGAGGCGGCGGAGGCGGCGCUGGCGGGGUCGGGGUCGGGGUCGGGGUCGGGGGGCGGGGGCCUGGCCUCCCCGCCGGAGCUGCUGUCGGAGAGCGAGGUCCCGGCGGUGGUGCUGUCGGAGCGGUUCCGCCGCGAGGUGCUUCCGGGCCAGACCAUCAUCCAGGACUGGCAGCCCUUCAAGGCCUGCGAGAGCAACCUGGCGCUGCUGCGGCAGAAGGACCUGCGCUGGCUGGUCGACCGCCGGGACCGCCCCUCGGUGGCCUCGCUCAGCACGCGCCCCUUCGCCGUCCCCAUGGCCGACCCCGCCGACGACGACGGGAGCGGGGGCUGGCUGUACCUCAACGUGGACGCCUUCGGCCGCGGGGCCGCGCAGCUGCUCCAGGGCCAGCUGCUCCGCCACCUCCGCCUCCAGCUGCCGGCCCUGGGCGCGCGCCGCGUGGCCUGCCAGCUCUUCCUCCCGCCCGAGCGCUGGCGGGACCUGGCCGCCUUCUGCCGCGCCGCCCUCGGCCUCGAGCCCGCCAAGCCCUACGCCGAGCAGCUGCUCCUCGAGGAGGACCUCGUCUAGGAACCGGGAGGAGGGGGGCCCGGCCUCCCCACCCCCGACCCCCGCCCAAACGCUUCCGCACUUUCAGAGCCCGGGGAGGAGGGAGAGGAGAGGAGGGGUCUCCAAGGCCUUGGGGCCCCCACGACCGAAGCC